AUGCGGUCUUUAUUCCUUUUCUUUAGUUCAGCUUUAUCUUGUGAUUAUAGCAUCGAAACAUCAGAUAUUCUUCAAUCUUACAGACUUGAUAUUGCUCCUUCCAAAAAAUACUGCAUUAAUCUGAUUAAAAAUCAAACUUAUUUGCUUUUUACAUCAGGCAAGUAUGCAGAUGUAUCGAUCACGUAUUACGAUUACAAUAAGAAGCAUUUUACAACAGAAUCUAAUCGAAUUACUGAACUUAAUUCAUUUGCUUACUUUACUCUUUAUUAUCCAACAAAUUUUACCAUUCAGUCCAAUGUUCCUGAUACAAUUGAGUUCAUAUCAGUUAAGUAUUCAACACCUUGCUACGAAGGAUUUUUCUUUUCCUCAUCAGAUUCAUUUUCAGUCUCGUUCAGAGCAAAUGGAGUUUCACCAUAUCAGCUGAAUAAUUACGAUAAUAAGUGUAUUUUGAUAUAUGGUUCAGAAAAUACUACUAUAAAUGUUGCUACAAGCGUAGAGGAGCAUGAUGUUCUUACAAUCUAUACUAAUUCUAACAAUAGAUCAUUAGUUGGUGUAAAUAACAUCAAUAUAUAUAAUGAAUCUGUUGCUUUACAUUUUCAAAGCGAUUUUUCAAUGCUUUCUGAAUAUAUCAACGUUACCAAGAUCUCAAAUGCUUCUAAAUCAAAUCUAGCUACAAAUGGAAGCCUAUUUAUUCCAAAAUCAUGGAUAAAACCCGAUUCAAAAACUAAUACUCUUCAGCCAGAUACUUAUAAGGUCAGCCCGGCACUCAUCAUAACAAUAUCAGUCGUUUCAUGCCUAGUCGCUGCAACAACUGUGUUUCUUCUUGUCUAUUGUUUGGUAUGUGCCAAAAAACAGAUCGACCAAGCUACUCCACAAGAUGGAAGCAUCCUUGAUACAAAGGUCGAUGAUGAUUUAGGCCAAAAUUUGGUUUAA